UGGAGAACUACGACUCUCAGGAUGCUCCGGGGCCGAUGUUUGUCACGUGGCCAGAAGGGGCGCGGAGCUAGCGGCCCUCCGCCGCGAGGAGCCGCUCCCUCCCCUGCCGCGGGGUCCGGGCGGGAUGAGGGCGCUGCCCCGGUGCUGGGCGCCUCUGGUGCUGCGGGCGGCGGGCGGGUGCUGCGGGCCAACCGUACCCCGCCGCGCCUGCAGCGGCUCCGCCGAGGCCGGCGGCCGUAAACCCCUUCAGGAAUGGGCGCUGGCGGUGAGCCCGCGGGGCCGGCUGCGGGUGCGGCUGCCCUGCCAGGUGAGCGUCCGCCCGCUGGAUCCGCAGCGCUACCCGGACGCGGACCGCGUGCUGGUGGCCGUCAGCGGCGCCGGCGGCAGCCCCCCGCCCCGCGGCCGGCAGCAGGACCGCGUCCGGGUGGAGUACGACGAGGCGCUGGAGCAGAUGGCGAUCGUGGCGGACGGCUUGGACAGCAAGGCCGCCGUGGACGUGAGGACACCCGUGAAGUUCGAUUUGGAUAUCAAAACAUCAGGGACUGGCUGCGUGAAGAUUCAGAAAAUAGAAUGUGAUAACUGCAAAAUAGAGACGGAGAAGGGGACUAGUGUCUUGCAGUCAAUAAAGAGCCAUAAAAUCGAUAUACGGACAAAAGGUGGCAAAGUAAUUGGUCUUGGAACACUUUAUGGAGAUACAGAUAUUCAUGCAACAGAGAAGGGUAGCGUGAAUAUAGAGAAGCUGCAGGGGACAUCCAUCAACAUAUCUACUGAAGAUGGGCUGCUGAAAACUAAGUAUCUCUAUGCAGAAUCGUCAUAUCUGUCUUCAGUAGCUGGUGAUAUUCUGCUGGGAAGUAUUCGUGGUAACACCAGCCUUCAGACCAAAACUGGGAAUAUCACAGUAGAUUCAUCAGAUGGAAGUCUGAAAGCUUCUACACAUCAUGGGACGAUAGAUGUUUAUGUCAGCCAAUUAAGAAACGUGGAUCUGAAAUCCCAGAAAGGUUCAAUUACAGUCAAGGUACCUGCCUCACUCAAAGCCUAUUUACAGUUGUCUGGAAGGAAAGUGGAUGUGAGCUCAGAGAUUCAGUUAAAAGAAACACAGAGUGCCUCCAAAGAUGAUCACGUAACUAUAAGUGGUCACAUGAAUCAACGGGACGAAACAGACAGAUGGAUUAAGGCUGACACACAAAAUGGCAAAGUGUGUCUUAAAAGCCAAAGUUGGAUCCAGUCUGUCAAGCUGAAGAGUUCUUAAAGGGAAAAUAGGCCAAAGAUAUUAAAUCACGAGAUUGGAAAGGAACAUUUCUGUAAAAUUAUGAGCCUUUUUUGAUGUAUAUUCUUAAUAUAAGAGAGAACCAGUAUUAAAAAUGAGGGUGUUUUAACCCAAGAUUUGCCUGUGACUGUGGCUGGUGCUUAACAGGUCACUUUUAGUGCCUUUUAGGAACAACAAGAUCUUACAUAUUCAGGAUUUGUAUAACCCACUUACCAUGUCAGUUUAAAAACUGAUACCUUUCAAACAAAAGUUUGGAGUAAGGUAAGAGUCCACUUGACUGUUCCCCUCAUGUAAAAGCUUGCCAAAAAAUGGAAGUAUUGGUCUAAUAAACGAGACCUGCGAUCUGU